AUAAAUACUUCUAUUUUGACAUAAUCAUCUGUCUGCCACCACUAGCGCAUUGAGUCCAUCCUAUUCAAUCACCGCGGAUAAUUAUUCUAAACUAUGUCAACUCGUUGGUAUCCGAUCUACCAAAGAGGGAAUCCACAGUUACGGGUUUUCCUUCCCAACUUUUGGCUCAAGUUAGCCAACAAAAGUGGACAUAAACAACCAGAAAAUGUACUCCAAUUCGUCUGUUCCAUCCAAAUGACCAAAUACGAUGUGAAAAACUAUUUGGAGAAAAUCUACAACAUACCGGUCGUCGAAGUCAGAACUCGCAUUGAACUGGGUAAAACCAAAACCGAUCCAGUAAAGGGUUAUGUCACUAAAGAGGACGACUCCAAAAUCGCCUAUGUAACAUUGCCGAGUGAUGUUAAAUUCAAAUUUCCCGACCUAUUCCCUGUAGAUGCUGAGAAGAAAAAGCAAGACGAUUCAAAGUCACUCGAUCAAGCAAAAAUAGCAUUCAAGAAGUACUUGGACAGAAAUAAGAGCCGGCCGGGGACACCCAGUUGGUUUUCGUUGUAGAAUUACUGAUUUGUUAAGUUGUUUAGAUGAAUAUGGAGCAAUAGUUGACGAAAUAGAAUGUGCAUUUGGAAAUGUGAAAUUU